AUGGGAGAAGAUUUACCAAUACUUAAGGGGAUCCUGAAUGGAGUGGUGAAAUAUCACAAUGCUCCCGUGCGGUUCGGGCGUGUUCCGAAGCGCGAGAAGGCGCGCAUUUUGGCCGCUAUGCAGCAGUCGUCGUCGUCGCGCGCGCACGAGCAGGCCGCUGCCGCGGAGCUUGAUGACGCCCCGCGAUUGCUGGCACGCGUGGUGCGCGCCCACCUCGACACAUGCGAGUUCACGAGGGACCGCGUUGCCGCCAUGCGCGCUCGCGCCCGCGACUGUCCCACCUACUCACAACCCACUCUGGCAUGUCCGCUGAACCCGGCGCCGGAGUUGCAAUCCGAGAAGGAAUUCUCCCAGCGAUUCGCCCACGUGAUCCGCGGCGUGAUAGACUUUGCCGGCCUCAUUCCCGGUUUCCAGCUGCUCACGCAGGACGACAAGUUCACGUUGCUGAAAAGUGGUCUCUUUGACGCCUUGUUUGUGCGGCUCAUUUGCAUGUUCGACGCACCGCUCAAUAGCAUUAUUUGCCUUAAUGGACAGCUCAUGAAACGGGACUCUAUUCAGAGCGGUGCCAACGCUCGGUUUCUUGUCGACUCUACAUUCAAGUUCGCGGAACGCAUGAACUCUAUGAACCUCACCGAUGCCGAAAUCGGCCUCUUCUGCGCCAUAGUACUAAUCACUCCGGACAGACCGGGGCUCCGCAACGUCGACUUGGUAGAGCGAAUGCACGCCAGAUUAAAAGCGUGCUUGCAGACCGUCAUCAGCCAGAACAGACCGGACAGGCCCGGCUUCCUGCGAGAGCUAAUGGACACCCUCCCGGACCUGCGCACACUCAGCACGCUGCACACCGAAAAGCUGGUCGUGUUCCGCACAGAGCACAAAGAACUGCUGAGGCAACAGAUGUGGGGAGAGGAGGAGGGCUGCUCUUGGGCGGACUCCGGUGCGGACGAAUCUGCGCGCAGCCCCAUCGGCUCGGUGUCGAGCAGCGAGUCCGGCGAGGUGAUCGGCGACUGCGGCACGCCGCUGCUCGCCGCCACGCUGGCCGGCCGCCGGCGACUCGACUCGCGUGGCUCCGUCGACGAGGAGGCGCUCGGCGUGGCGCACCUGGCGCACAACGGGCUCACGGUGACGCCCGUGCGCCCGCCGCCGCGCUACCGCAAACUCGACUCGCCCACCGACUCGGGCAUCGAGUCCGGCAACGAGAAGCACGAGCGGAUCGUGGGCCCCGGCUCGGGCUGCUCCAGCCCGCGCUCCUCGCUCGAGGAGCACGCGGAGGACAGGCGGCCCGCGCCCGCCGACGACAUGCCCGUGCUGAAGCGCGUGCUGCAGGCGCCGCCGCUGUACGACGCGCCGCUGCUCAUGGACGAGGCGUACAAGCCGCACAAGAAGUUCCGCGCGAUGCGGCGCGACACGGGCGAGGCGGAGGCGCGGCCCGCGGCCGGGUGCGCAUCGGCCGCGCCCUCGCCGCAGCCGCAGCCGCCGCCGCGCGCCUCGCUCUCCGCCACGCACAUCGAGCUGGCGCGCAGCCUGCGCGAGUGUCCGCGCAUGACGCCCGAGCAGCUGAAGCGCACCGACCUCAUCACGCAAUACAUGCGGCGCGGCGACGCGUGCGAGCCGUGCGCGCCGCCUGUGCUCGAGCUGCAGGUGGACGUGGCGGACGCGCCCCUCAACCUGUCCAAGAAGUCGCCCUCGCCGCCGCGCGCCUUCAUGCCGCGCAUGCUGGAGGCG